UGAUAGUUGAAACAAAUCUACGCAACUUCAUUGUAACGUUCGGCUGCGUACCCAGUGCCAAAUAUUGAAAAUUAUUGAUUCAUAGUUUGCCGCAACCUGUACAAGUUCACGAUUGCACUUUAUUCUAGUCGAGGUGACAGAGGUAUAAAACCACAACACUGCCAGCACGGGUAUCAGUUCCGCAGGGAUCAUUGGAGACCACCACGACAGUACCUCCCGAAAAAUGGCUUUCGUAUUCAAGUUCCUCACACCGGUAAUGUUAGCAACAGUGGUGCUAUCAGGCAAAGCUCCUGGUGGCUACUCGUAUAGCCGCUUCAGUGGGCCAGUCAGCGGCCAAAUCGUGGAAGUACAGGUACCAGCUGCUGAAGGUAUCCCGGCUCAACAACACGCUGACUACGGUUACGAUCACCAAACAGGUCAAAUUCAUCCGGACACUGCUAAAUACGCGCAUUUGAAGACUGUUGAUUACGUGGCCAAGCCUGACUACGCUUACUCAUAUGGCGUCGAAGACCCUCACACCGGCAACCUUCAAAACCACAAGGAACAUCGCGAUGGUGAUGUUGUCCAGGGAGAGUAUUCGCUUGUCGAACCUGAUGGCUCCAUCCGUCUUGUGAGAUACACCGCUGACCCCAAAAAUGGUUUCCAGGCCACCGUCCACAAAAAAGCAGGAGGACAACCACAGAAGCUUGUCCAUUACGGCCAUGCGAAACAAGAACGAGAAGACGAUUCCGGAGAGUACUAGUCCUGUUACAUUACUUUAGUUUAGUGUUUUGUACGUUGUUGAAUAUUUAUUAAAGCUUGAUUAAUAAAACAA